CACGGCGAGGAUAAAGCAAGAUGGCGUCUGACGGUGAAGACGUUAUUGCAGUCGUCACAGUUCAGUGUUCUUAAUCUGUGCCUCCAUGUACACAUAUAUGUCCUUUAUUACACUCUAGUAAAUAGAGUAAACAUCGUUAAUAACUGUUUGCAUCCGGUUAUAUUAGUCUGAGCGCACUUUGAUGCUUCUCGAGCUAGCUUAGCUUGCUAGUUAGCUUAGCUUGUUAGCUGCUAACAAAGAGAGGCGGAAGUGAUCAAAACACAUCACUAAGUAGAGAUCAAGUGUGAGUGUAAAGUGUUGUGAUUGUGUGAAAAUGUGCCAAAGAACCAUAGCAGAGUACGAGGAGGAACUUUGUCCAACAAAAGAGGAGAAGGAGCGACAACAUGAAAAACAUCAAGUUGUGUUACACAGAACAGACAUCCAUCAGCUGAUUGGACACCAAGAAGAAUGUCUCCCUCAUCUGCAGGGGGACAGUUUCACUUUAGAGUAUCCACAGCCCUCACAUUUUAAAGGGGACAAAGAUGAGCCACAGCCCUCUUAUUUUAAAGAAGAAGAGGGGGGAGAGUGUCCUGUAGGGCAGGAGGAGGCUGAUGUCAGCAACUUUCCACCGACUGUUGUCUCUGUGAAGACUGAAGAGCAUGAAGACAAACCACCUGAGUCCUCACAGCUUCAUCACAGUCCAAACGUCUGUGAAGAACAUCUUCUCCCUGAGCAACAGAAGUGGAGCUUCAGGAUGGAGCCACAGCCCUCCCACAUUAAAAAGGAAAAGAAACACCCACUGAUCCCCCAUUUUAAAGCGGAAGAGGAUGACCCACUGACCACUCACAUCAAAGAGGAAGAGGAGGACUCAUUGACCCCCAAUUUUAAAAAGGAAGAGGAGAAGCCACUAAUAACCCAUUUUAAAGAGGAAGAGGAGGACCUACUGACCCCUUACUUCAAAGAGGAAGAGGAGGACUCAUUGACCCCCAAUUUUCAAAAGGAAGAGGAGAAGCCACUAAUAACCCAUUUUAAAGAGGAAGAGGAGGACCUACUGACCCCUUACUUUAAAGUGGAAGAGGAGGACCAAGAGCCGCCGCACAUUAAAGAGGAAGAGGAGGAAGAGGGCAUCAGUCAGCCUAAAUGGUUGGAGGAGUUCCCAGUGACUGGUGUCCCUGUGAAGAGUGAAGAUGAUGAGGUGAAAGGUGAAAGUGAGGAGAGGGGAGGGGGGGAGCCUCCAAGCAGCAGCUCAACACAACACAUGACAACAGAAGCUGAUGGAGACCACUGUGGAGGAUCACAAGCAGACAAGCUCUUAGCUCCACUAUCAGAUAGUGAGGACACAACGUCACACUCUCCUGACACUGAUGAUGAAGACUCUAAAGAUGAUAAGACAUGUCACACUGACAACACUCACUUCACAUCUUCUCACUGUCACAAAACUUUUAAAUACCAUUGUCGUCUAAAAUCACACAUGAGAACACACACUGGAGAAAAACCUUUCUCUUGUUCAAUCUGUGGUAAAGGUUUUACACAAAGUAUCAAUUUGAAAGUACACAUGAGAACACACACUUGUGAAAAACGUUUUUCCUGUUCAACCUGUGGUAAAGGUUUUACACAAAGUCAGAGUUUGAAAAUACAUAUUAGAACACACACUAGAGAAAAACCUUUUUCUUGUUCACUCUGUAGUAAAGGUUUUACACAAAGUAUCAAUUUGAAGGUACACAUGAGAACACACACCAGUGAAAAACCUUUUUCCUGUUCAAUCUGUGGUAAAGGUUUUAGAGAAAGUCAACAUUUGAAAAGACACAUGAGAACACACACUGGAGAAAAACCUUUUUCAUGUUCAAACUGCGGUAAACAUUUUACUCAGAGGCCAGAUUUAAAAGUACACAUGAGAACACACACUGGAGAAAAACCUUUUUCAUGUUCUAUCUGUGGUAAAGGUUUUACAAGAAGUCAACAUUUGAAAGUACACAUGAGAACACACACUGGAGAAAAACCUUUUUCAUGUUCAAUCUGCGGUAAAGAUUUUACUCGAAGGGAAAAUUUCAAAAAGCACAUGAGAAUACACACUGGAGAAAAACCUUUUCCUGUUCAAUCUGCAGUAAAUAUUUUGCGCAACGACACUAUUUGAAAGAACACGUGAGAACACACACUGGAGAAAAACCUUUUACAUGUUCAGUAUGUUGUAAAAGUUUUUUACAAAGUCAGCAUUUGAAAAGACACACGAGAAGACACCCAGGAGAGAAAGUGUUGAGUUGCAGUGUGUGUGG